AUGUCGGACGUAGAGAUGCAAGUGACGACGGAGGACGUGCCCGUGUUUGAAGGCAUUUCUUCACGUAAUCGAUCGACGGAGUCAUGGCCAUGGGUGGAAAAGUACCGUCCUUCAUUAUUAGACGACCUGAUCGCACAUGAGGAGAUCAUUUCGACGCUCAAUCGUCUCAUUGAUGCGCAGAAACUACCCCAUUUGCUAUUUUACGGACCUCCAGGCACGGGCAAGACGUCCAUGAUUAUCGCAGCGGCCCGACGACUUUACGGGAAAAAUUACGGCUCAAUGGUAUUGGAACUCAAUGCAUCGGACGAUCGUGGUAUUGAUGUCGUACGUAAUCAGAUCAAGGAGUUUGCAGGCACCAAGAAACUCUUUAGUCACGGCGUGAAGCUCAUUAUUCUGGACGAGGCCGACUCGAUGACCAACGACGCUCAGUUUUCACUGCGACGUGUUAUCGAAAAGUACACGAAGAAUGCACGCUUUUGUCUCAUUUGCAAUUAUGUGAGCAAGAUCAUCCCAGCGUUGCAGUCACGAUGCACGCGCUUUCGCUUUGCACCGCUUAACGAGAACCAAGUGAGUGGCCGAGUCAAACAUAUUGCUGAGCUAGAGCACUUAAACAUGACGGAGGACGGCUUCAAGGCUAUUCUACGUCUAGGCCAGGGAGACAUGCGUCGCAUUCUCAAUAUACUGCAAGCGACGUCUAUGGCCCAUGACGUUGUCAAUGAGGCAAAUGUGUACCUGUGUACGGGCAAUCCGCUGCCUAAGGAUAUUGAGUUGGUGACUCAGUGGCUUUUCAAUGAGAGCUUCGCAACGGCAGUGCACAAGUGUGCUGAGAUGCAAAAGCUCAAGGGCUACGCUACGAGUGACAUCCUGCAGGACGUGUACCGCUACACUACGGAACUAGAGCUGCCACCGCGCUGUCGCAUGUAUUUAUACGAUGAGCUGGCCAAACUAGAACACCGCCUGUCAAAUGGCACUACGGAGGAACUGCAGUUGGCCUCGCUCGUUGCAGUCUACGCAAUUGCCCGGGACCAAAUGUCCAGCGCCGUUGCCGGGGCCUAA